AUGUCGUGUUGGAUGAAAAAUGUGCCCAAAGUUGCCAAGGUGUCUGUGAUAAAGAAGCUGAUGCAAUUGGUUCAAGACAAAAAGAAAAGAAGUGCUUGGCAGUGUGGCCUUGAAUGCUGCGGACUCGAUGGUAACCAAGAUAUGGGCGUGGUGGUCAUUACGAAUGUUGUUAGUAGCAGGCCAUGGAGUGUAGCGCCAAUUGGGAGUAAAGGUUGGACGCCACUUAUUACUGUUAAAGAUGCUGGCAAACGAUCGAAGAUACCGAAGGAGAAGCCUUUCGCUUAA